AUGCAGUUCUCUACUUACUACGCCACCCUCGCCAUUUUGGCUGGUCUGUCCGCGCAGGUCGCGGCUAUGCCCAUCUCCAGCACCGGCGCCGAGCUUCAAGCCCGCAGCUGCGAGACGAACCCCUAUGGCUGCGGCCUGAACCCAAAGUCGAACCCGGAUGCACCGGACAAGAGGGAUCUGGAAUCAAAAUCCGAGCUUGACGCUCGCAGUUGCGAAACCAACCCCGCAGCAUGUGGUAUCAAUGGCUUUGUCGAUAACGGCCACGUCGUCACGACAGGACCCAUCCGAGGCAAGGCCAAGAGAGAGGAGGAAGAGGAAGAGGGCGAGGAUGCGGCGGAAGUCGACGCGGCGGAACUCGAUGCUCGUAGCUGCGAAACCAACCCCGCCGCAUGUGGUAUCAACGGUUUUGUGGAAAACGGCCACGUCGUUACCACAGGACCCAUUAGAGGCAAGGUCAAGAGGGCAGAGGAAGAGGAAGAGGACGAGGAUGCCGCGGAGCUCGAUGCUCGCAGUUGCGAAACGAAUCCCGCCGCAUGUGGUAUCAAUGGCUUUGUCGAUAACGGCCACGUCGUCACAACAGGGCCCAUCCGAGGCAAGGCUAAGAGAGAGGAGGAAGAGGACGAGGAAGAGGAUGCCGCGGAGCUCGAUGCUCGCAGCUGCGAAACCAACCCUGCAGCAUGUGGUAACAAUGGUUUUGUGCAGGACGGCCACGUUGUCGUGACUGGAAGGAUUCACGGAUAA